UUUUUCAGAGUUAAACUAUUUAAAUGAUUCCCAAGUAAAACAAUAUACUAUACAUAAUAGUAAUGAACAGCUAAAUGAUGUUUUAGACAUUGUUCGAUAUAUUCCGUUGAAAAUAAAGAGUACUAAUAAUUAUCAAAUAAAUUUAUCCCAUAUAUUUAGUUAUAUCAAGUUUGAUUUUGACAUUAAAAAUUUACAAAUAUUUAAUAAAAUAUUAAAUACAGCCAUAGUUCGUCCAAUUUUAAUAAUUGUAUGUUUUUACUUUUCACUGGUUAAAAAAUUUGUUUUAAUUCCUAAUUUUCAAAAUGAAAAAUUAAAAUACGUUUCGAAAUAUAAAAUCAUUGAAAUGGGUCAACAAAUUGUUGAAAAUAUGAAAUGCUUUAUGGAUUUAAAUUUAUUUGGAGAAGGAUAUACAACUAGAUUUAAGGAUAUGUUUAAUAAAACGUAUGAACUUAUUUCAUCCUACAAAGAUCGUAAUUAUUUGUUUAUAAGUAAUGAAGCAUUUUUAAUAUCAAAAAUUUUUUAUGGAUACAUAAGAAAAAGUAUUAUAAUUUUUAAUAAUAUUGAAUUACGGAAAAAAAAAGUCACAGAAGACAAUAUAUAUGAAAUAUGUGAUUUAGCUGCUAAAGAAGUAAAUAAAAUUGCAUCAUUUGUUUCAGCAUUGAAAAGAUAUCAGUAUUGUUUUGAGAUUGCAAAUAAAUAUUUUCAUAUAGGAUAUCUAGAAAUGAGUUCAUUUAAAAUUAUUUUCAAACAAAAUAUUCCAUUUGAACAAUUAGGAAAUCAUGAAAACUUAUAUAGAUCAGUAUAUAUUCCUGAAGUUAAUACAAGUGAUGUAAACAAAUAUAGUAGUCAUAGCUUAAGUAAUGAAAAUGAUGAGAUGAAUAAUAAUGAAAAUAAAAAUUUGAAUGUCGAAAUUCACACAAUUUACACUCCUAAAUAUCUAAUUGAUUAUUUGCUUUAUGAGUAAUUUAAUAAUGAAUUUACAAAUUGUAAUGUGAAUAAAUC